CCAAUAGGGCCAGAAGGGCGGCCCGCAUUCCACCGACUGGCAGAAGGGGGCGAAGGGAAGGAAGCGCCCUGCGCCAGCAGCAAGUCACCCUUCAACAAGUCAACCUUCAGCAAGUGCCCCCAUCAACUCACCCCUUAUCAAAAAGUGUCCUGCACUCCCCUAGGCGCCGGGUGUAAGCUCUUGCUUCAACCAUUUGAGAAACCGCCUAUCAAAGAGGCAAAAACGAGUUGUACACGCUUUGCCCGAGGUCCCCCUGGUCAUAUCUCGACACCAAGCCUCUUCACCAACGACAACCCGAUUAUCAACUCUACUCCUCAUCCCUCCAUGCCUCUGUCUGGCAACAUCCCUGUCCCCUUUUUCGAGGCUGGAGUCGAGACCAUCCAUACCGACCGCCCGGUGGUUGCUGGUUCAGUGUACCCCUCUGAGCCAGCCCGCCAGGAGGUCAUCAAGGCCACCAACUUGAAGGGCUGUUACGUAUGCAGCCGCUGCUACCGCGGCGGGCUGGAUACCCAGCGGCUCUGUGACAAGUGCCGCGGUGUUGGCCGAACUGCCAGGGCCAACCGCGAAGCGGGCAACCCGCCCCAGGGCGGUACCUCUAUCGAAUAUCACAGAUCUCGCACGGUCGCAGAUUUCCUAGGCCAUGGCCAGACUCACGGUUCCCCGAAAAGGACUUCCGUCCAGGGCCACCAGAUGAAAGUCAUUGGAAACGCCUCAACUGUCAGACGUCCCGUUCGGGGAGCGGCUUGUAAACUUCAAUUCCUACUCCCGGAGGAAAUCCCGGCUUUCCUGACGGAAACGUCAAGCUCUCCAACGUUGCCUCAGCUUCGAAGUGGCCCCACGCACCGGACGACAAAGGCAUCACCGACAACACUGAUGUCAACGACGACCUUGCCACUGCCCAGCAUCAGCGCCAAGCGUGUGCUUCAAGGACUUUCUUCCUUCAGGAAUUCCCUACAUCUCCGCAUCAGUGUGAAAGACACGACUAUCCCGGCCGGUCAUGCCGAUAUCGAGGUCCAGCACCCCUCUCAGCCGAAUUCCAUUACUUCUGAAAAAGAAGACACGUGCAAAGGGCCCAGAAACAAGAAGACGGGUAUCCAGAGCUCUUGCAAGGCCACCGUCUAG